AUGAGCAUCCACUUUUCAGCGCCAACAUCACUGUUUGAGCCUGUCUCAGCCACGAGCUCUGCCACACAGCCCGUCCCACCUAAAUCAGCUUCAAUGCCAGAGCAGAACACUCAAAUCCUUCCUGAUAACGAGUCUAAUCUGGUGAAGAUGAGACAUGAGCGUGAGUUGGUCUUUCAGAGAGCAGCUACAGAUCUCGACCAAGCCAGGUGUGACACUGGUUCUUCCGCUCCAUCUAGCAAAGCCUGGGAGGAUGCCUGGGAAACUCUGCGCGAACAUAUGACAAAGAUGUGA